GAGCGGCCAGUGGACACUCCCAGUUUGUCGGAUGUUUUCGAUUGUCAGCUGUUUUCUGUCAUUCGUUAUCAUAUUUUCUUUAUUCUAACGUUCUGAUUAAUUUUACGAUGCCCAACGAAGCCCUGCAAUUGCCACUUUGAAGCCCCAUCGUGUAUGAGAGCAGCUCAUUGUGUCCCAGUAAUCAGAGGAUGCGAUAAGUUUCACUUUUGAGCCAUGGCAGAGCAACAGAAUCCGCUCAACGCGGAUAAUCCCCGCAACGUGAUUCCUCAUCAGGCAAUUCGGCAGCCCUCGGUGACAGUGAACAGACGAACAUACCUGAACUUGGCUCAUGUCCGGGAAAGACUGUUCCAUACCCUGUUCUAUAGAGCAGCCCUAGCGUAUGCUCGAGCCUUUCCCAAGCCUUUGAGGCGAUUCAUCGAGUUUGUGAUGCUGAUCAAGGCUUUCACAGCGCUCUUCGUCUUGGUGUAUAUCCAUUUUUCCUUCUCGAAAACAGCCAACACUUGUUUGGAUAGUGUGGUGUCCAAUUGGCCUAGAGAUGGAAUCUUGAGAGUCGAAAUUAUUAGGAAUUUGGACAAAAGCUACUCGUUGGCUGACAGCUAUGCCAAAGAGGAAAAAAUCACUCAGCUUGCCAGGGAGGAAAUGUCUGGCAUAAUGGGGCUGAUUGCUACUAACUUGGAUAUUGAGCCCUCCACAAUGGAUCAUGGUUCUAAAGAGAUGGAGAAUAUUUCUGAGCGAACAAGUCCCAUUGAAACAGCCCCAUGUCCCUCAACCGGACAAACCUACAUAAAUGAAUCGUUGAAUGUUUCCUCAACCAAGUGGAGUUUGAAUAUGAUCACACUUGCUGCCCAGCUGCAUUCAGAUGUGGUGAUGACGGAAAAAGGCCAGCCUGCUAUUGAUGGCCAGCAAAAAGCCAAACAAAAGCUCGAAGACUCCAGGCAAAUAGACAAGGGAGACGCUUACAUCUACGAGUACUCGCUGGAAUAUGGCUUUUUGCGCUUGAGCCCUGCAGCGAGGGCAAAAUUGAAUAUCCCAGUAAAAGUGGUGUUUUUGGACCCCACUAAAGAUGCCUGUUUCGGGGAUUCGUUCAGCCGUUUGCUCUUAGAGGAGUUUCUGGGCUACAAUGACAUUCUCAUGACUUCGGUGAAGGCUUUUGCUGAACGGGAAGACAACAAGGGAUAUUUGAAGAAUGUUGUUACUGGUGAAAACUACAGAUUUGUGAACCUCUGGAUGGCCAAAACCGCGUACAUUCCAGCCGUGAUGUGUAUGCUGAUUUUUACUGUGAUCGUCAGCAUGCUGCUCCGCUACGCUCACCACCAGAUAUUCAUUUUCAUCGUCGAUUUGCUGCAAAUGUUGGAAUUCAACAUGCCAAUCACUUUUCCGACUGCCCCUUUGCUGACGGUCAUCCUGGCCCUAGUUGGAAUCGAAGCCAUCAUGUCGGAAUUCUUCAAUGACACCACCACAGCCUUCUACGUGAUCCUGAUCGUGUGGCUGGCUGAUCAAUAUGACGCCAUCUGCUGCCAUACGCCCAUCACGAAGCGACAUUGGCUCAACUGCUAGUGAGACGACGCUUGUU